GUUCGGGUCCUCGUACUGCGCGUACGUUCUGUGUUACUUUGGUUUGUGCUUGUGCGUGCGAGUGUUUUGCUUUAGGUCGAUUUAAUAAAAAUAGAAUAACAAAUAAGUAUAAACAAAGCGAGAUGAACAAAAAAGCGUGAUGGCCUAUUAUUUAUCUUCUUUCGGGUUCACUACCCUGCUCUUGGUGGCGCAAUGGGAUUUAUCCGAAGCGUCCGACGAUAGAAAUGGGAGUUCCGCUGGUAUCCAUUGCCAGGAUGGGUUAGUGAUCCCCGUGUGGAUGCCAAUUGAAAAUUUGACGAGCGGGGAUCGUCUGGCAAGGGGUAUAGUUUAUUUUUUUGGCUUACUUUAUCUUUUCAUAGGGGUAUCGAUAAUAUCCGACCGUUUUAUGGCCGCUAUUGAAGUUAUAACAUCUCAAGAAAAAGAAGUCAAAGUUCGUAGGCCUAAUGGCGAGACCCAAAUAGUUGUAGUACGAGUAUGGAACGAGACUGUUGCGAAUUUAACGCUCAUGGCACUUGGAUCUAGUGCCCCAGAAAUCCUGUUGUCUAUAAUAGAAAUUAUUGCGAAGAAUUUCAAUGCCGGUGAUUUGGGACCUGGUACUAUUGUCGGAUCAGCUGCUUAUAACUUGUUCGUUAUAAUAGCUAUAUGUGUAUUAGUGAUACCGAACGGUGAGGUACGUAAAAUUAAGCAUCUGCGAGUGUUUUUUGUGACCGCGGCGUGGUCUAUUUUUGCAUAUGUUUGGUUAUAUUUAAUACUAGCCGUAAUUUCUCCGGGUGUAGUAGAAGUAUGGGAAGGUUUUUUGACAUUUAUGUUUUUCCCGACAACCGUUUUGACAGCCUAUAUAGCUGAUCGAAGGUUGUUGAUUUAUAAAUAUUUGAACAAAGAUUAUCGCAUGAACAAGCGUGGUGUUAUUGUUCAAGCCGAAGGUGCAAGUGGAACCGACCUGGAAUUAGCUAACAAGGAAGAGCCAUACUACGAUAAUGUCGUCGACGAGAUCGAAGAAGCUCGACGAGAAUACAUCGAAACCCUACGAGAGUUACGCAAAAAGAACCCCCAAUGUGAUUUGCGCGAAAUUGAGGUUAUGGCCCAUGAAGCCAUACUUAAUAAAACAUCUAAAUCACGAGCCUUUUACCGCGUCCAGGCAACACGAAAGAUGAUGGGCAGUGGAAACGUUAUGAAAAAGAUUUCCGAAAGAGCGCAGAGCGAUUUAAGCGAGGUGCGAGCUGAAUUACAAAGGGGCCCCAUUACCGUUAAGGCGGAACUGGAAGCCUGUGCCGUUUGUUUUGAUCCCGGAAGUUACACGGUUAUGGAAAAUUGCGGUGAAUUUGAAGUAACUGUCGUAAGGAAGGGAGAUCCGGACAUCGAGUUUACCGUUAACUAUUGUACUGAAGAUGGUUCGGCAGAAGCUGGCAGCGACUAUUACGAAGCUUCGGGUGUUCUAGAAUUUGCACCAGGAGAUAUGAAAAAAACAUUUUCGGUACGUGUCAUAGACGAUGAUGUUUUCGAACAAGACGAACAUUUUUACAUACGAUUGAGUGAUCCACAAGAGCCGGUCACGUUAGCAACCCCUCGCGUUGCCACUGUGGUUAUUCUCGACGAUGAUCAUAGCGGAAUAUUUUCAUUCGCAGAAAAAGAUCACGAUUUAGUGGAAUCGGUUGGUACUUACGAGCUAAAAGUGGUGCGACAGUCUGGCGCUAGGGGGAGAGUUAUUGUUCCUUACUGGACGGAAGGAGGUACUGCCAAAGAGGGCAAGGAUUACGAAGCGGCCAAGGGCGAACUUAUAUUCGAAAAUAACGAGACAGAGAAGGUUAUUCCGAUCUACAUCACAGAAGAAGAUUCUUAUGAAAAAGAUGUGCUGUUCUAUGCACAUUUGGGAGAGCCAAAGGUUUACGGAGGUGAGCGCAGACAAACAAUUGUAGGUGACCAAUUAUUAAAUGCUGGGACGAAUGUGCCCAACGGUGGCGAAUCCUUAGGAUGGUUUGAUAGGUUUCAGGCCAACUUCAGCACCAAAAAUUAUGAAGCUGCCAAUGCAAUAGCUGCAGCUGAAGCCAAGGCGCCUGAGGACCUCACGGAGGAAGAUAAAAUAACUCUAAUGGGUAGACCGAAACAGGGUGAUAUUGUACGUGCACAACUUCGAAUCAAAGAGAGCAAAGAGUUCAAGAAUACUGUGGAUAAAUUAGUACAGAGAGCAAAUGCUUCAAUACUUAUUGGCAGUUCUUCCUGGAGAGAACAGUUUACAGAAGCUUUAACCGUUAGUGCAGGCGAUGAAGGCGAUGACGAUGGAGAAGGUGAUGAAGACGACGAGAAGCAUCCAUCGUGUGGAGAUUAUAUCAUGCACUACAUAACACUUUUCUGGAAGCUACUUUUUGCCUUUGUUCCCCCUACGGAUAUUGCUGGUGGAUAUGUAUGUUUUGUAGUUUCAAUCCUCGCUAUAGGAGUCGUUACAGCUGUAAUAGGAGAUGUAGCUUCACAUUUUGGUUGCACCCUUGGCAUACAAGACAGUGUAACAGCUAUUGUAUUUGUCGCUUUAGGAACCAGUAUACCAGAUACUUUUGCGAGUAAAGUAGCUGCAAUUCAAGAUAAAUAUGCUGAUGCAAGUGUCGGAAAUGUGACUGGCAGCAAUGCCGUAAACGUAUUUUUAGGUAUAGGGAUUGCAUGGAGCAUAGCGGCUGUUUACCACGCCUGCAAGGGACAAGCAUUCCAAGUCAAUCCCGGAAAUUUGGCGUUCUCUGUAACUUUAUUCUGCACUGAAGCGAUGAUGGCCAUUUUUAUUCUGGUACUAAGGCGGAGCAAAGCCGUUGGAGGAGAGCUCGGUGGGCCCAAAGUCAUCAAGUACAUUACGGCUUCCUUCAUGUUCGGAUUAUGGGUCUUUUAUCUAAUCAUGUCCAGUUUGGAAGUGUACGAUAUUAUUGAAGGUUUCUAAACAGCUAUUAAAAAAAAAACUAUCAAUUAUGGACUGCAUUAUUGAAAAUGACGUCUCUAAGGAAAUGAAGUAAUGAGACAUUAGAAAAUUACAAUUGCAAUAUGGAUUGCAUCAUAUGUUAAGUACAUGCAUGUUAACUGAAUGAAACAUCU